AUGCUCGGGCCCCAGCUGCUGCUGCUUCUCUCCUGCGGGGGUGCCCUGCUCAGCGCCGACAGCGGGGCCGCAGGGCCGGGCGGGGACCAGGCGGAGCCGAGGGCCGAGCGCAGCGAGCUCGGGAGGCUGGUGCUGGGCGACAGUCGCCGCAAGCAGCGUCACCGGGCAUUUCUCCGGCAACGGCCAGAGCGCCGGGAAGCUGACAGGGAGGAAGGCAGCAAAGAAACAGCCCCUUUUAGGGCCCAGAAGAGGGAGAAGUCCUCCGCGGGCCUCAGCCUCACUCAGCCUCUGAGCUGGCGGCAGAGCGCGCACGGACCCCAGAGGGAGUGGACCCGAGGUCUGGACGACAGCUCCUUGGUGCCCCCAGGCCUCCGGAGGCUGAAGGACUCCCCGCAGACAGGAGGGCCUGGAAAUUGGGAGGCCUCUUGUCUGCCAGUGCGGGCUCCCCGGGGCCCCAGACCUGCCCCACCAGCUGGGAGGACGCAGGGCCCCGAGACCCCGCCCGCUCCCUCCGCAGCUCCAGACAGGGGCUGGUGCUCCACGUGGGGGCCCGGCCACUUCACCACCUUCGACGGCCACACGUAUGACUUCUCGGGGACCUGCAACUACAUCUUUGCGGCCACGUGCAAGGAUGCCUCGUCCACCUUCAGCGUGCAGCUACGGCGAGGGCCAAGCGGGAACAUCUCCCGGGUCAUCGUGGAGCUGGGGGCCUCUGUGGUCACUGUGCAGAAGGCGGUCAUCUCCGUCAAGGAUGUGGGGGUCGUCAGCCUGCCCUACACCAGCAACGGGCUCCAGAUCACACCCUUUGGCCAGAGCGUGCGGCUGGUGGCCAAGCAGCUGGAGCUGGAGCUGGUGGUCAUGUGGGGUCCGGGCGCCCACCUCAUGGUCCUGGUGGAGAAGAAGCACAUGGGCAAGAUGUGUGGGCUGUGUGGGAACUUCGAUGGCGAGAAGGCCAAUGAGUUUCUGAGCGAGGACGGGCAACUCCUGGAACCCCCUAAGUACGCCACCCUCCAGAAGCUGGAUGACCCCAACGAGAUCUGUGCCUAUGAGGCCAUCCCCAGCCCCCGGGUCCCGCAGGCAGAGAACGCCCAGACCUGCAUCCAGUUGCUGACCCUGGUGUCCCGCGAGUGCAACGUGCCCAAGGAGCCCUUCCUGCUGAGCUGCCAGGCGGACAUGGCCACGUGUGCCCAGCCCGGCCAGCACCACUGCAGCUGUGCCACGCUAUCUGAGUACUCGCGCCAGUGCAGCAUGGCCGGCCAGCCCGUCAACAGCUGGCGGGGCCCUGGCCUCUGUUCUGUGGGCCAGUGCCCAGCCAACCAGGUGUACCGGGAGUGCGGCAAGACCUGCGUGCAGACCUGCUCCAACCCGCGGCGCAGCUGCUCCGGCUUCUGCACCUUCGGCUGCUUCUGCCCGGAAGGUAUGGUUCUGGACGACAUCUCCAAAAACCACAGCUGCGUGCCUGUCCCCCAGUGCCCCUGCAUGCUCAGCGGGGUAGUCUUCGCCCCUGGGGAGGUCACGACAGCCGCCUGCCAGACCUGCCGGUGCUCUGGGGGCCGCUGGGAGUGCGUGGAGCAGCCCUGCCCCAGGCGCUGUGCCCUGGAGGGCGGCUCCUUCGUCACCACAUUCGACGCCAGGCCCUACCGCUUCCACGGCACCUGCACCUACAUCCUCCUCCAGAGCCCCCAGCUCCCCGACGGGGGCUCGCUCAUGGCCGUGUACGACAAGUCUGGGUACUCGCACUCGGAGACAUCGCUGGUCGCUGUCAUCUACGUGUCCAGCCAGGACAAAAUUGUGAUUUCUCAGGACGAGGUGAUCACCAACAACGGGGACACCAAGCGGCUGCCGUAUGAGACUCGCAACAUCACGGUCUUCAGGCAGACAUCCACCCACUUGCAAAUGGUCACCACCUUCGGGCUGGAGCUCGUGAUCCAGCUGUGGCCGUUGUUCCAGGUGUACAUCACUGCCGGGCCCCAGUUCAGAGGCCAGACCAGAGGGCUCUGCGGCAACUUCAACGGGGACACGACAGAUGACUUCACGACCAGCAUGGGCAUCACCGAGGGCACCGCCUCACUCUUCGUGGACUCCUGGCGGGCAGGGAACUGCCCAGCCGCGCGCGAGCGUGAGACCGACCCCUGCUCCAUGAGCCAGCUCAACAAGGUGUGCGCGGAGACCCACUGCGCGGUGCUGGUGAAGAAGGGCACGGUGUUCGAGAGGUGCCACACCGCCGUGGACCCCAAGCCCUUCUACAAGAGGUGCGUGUACCAGGCCUGCAACUACGAGGAGACCUUCCCGCACAUCUGCGCCGCCCUGGGCGACUACGCCCUCACGUGCACCUCACGGGGCGUCCUGCUCCCGGGCUGGAGGAGCAGCGUGGACAACUGCAGCACCCCUUGCACAGGCAACCAGACGUUCAGCUACGACAGCCAGGCCUGUGACCGCACGUGCCUGUCUCUGUCCGACCGCGAGGUCGAGUGCCACCCCAGCGCCGUGCCCGUGGACGGCUGCAACUGCCCCGAGGGCACCUACCUGAACCACAAGGCUGAGUGCGUGCGUGAGGCCCAGUGUCCCUGCCUCCUGGACAGCUCCAAGUUCAUCCUGGCCGACCAGUCCACCAUGGUCAAUGGCGUCAUCUGCUACUGCGUCAACGGGCGGCUGAGCUGCCCGGCACAGCCUCAGAUGCUCUUGGCAACCUGCUCGGCCCCCAAGACGUUCCAGUCCUGCAGCCAGUCCUCGGAGAACAAGUUCGGGGCAGCCUGCGCUCCCACCUGCCAGAUGCUAGCCACCGGCACCCCCUGUGUGCCCACCAAGUGUGAGCCUGGCUGUGUCUGUGCCAAGGGGCUCUACGAGAACGCCAGCGGACAGUGCGUGCCCCCCGAGGAGUGCCCGUGCGAGUUUGCAGGCGUCUCCUAUCCCCAGGGCGCCGAGCUCCACACGGACUGCAAGAGUUGCAUCUGCUCUAGGGGGACGUGGACGUGCCAGCAGAGUGCCCACUGCCCAUCCACCUGCACCCUCUACGGGGAGGGCCACGUGGUCACCUUCGAUGGGCAGCGCUUCGUGUUUGAUGGCAACUGCGAGUACAUCCUGGCCACAGACGGCUGCGGUGCCAGCGACUCGCAGCCCACCUUCAAGAUCCUUACAGAGAAUGUCGUGUGUGGGAAGUCGGGCGUCACCUGCUCACGGGCCAUCAAGAUCUUCCUGGGGGGCCUGUCCAUCGUGCUGGCGGAUGGGAACUACACAGUCAGCGGGGAGGACCCCGGUGUGGACUUCCGGGUCAAGGCCGGCUCCCUGCACCUGGUGCUGGACGCCACCGUCAGCAGCACGUACAACCUGACCCUCAUCUGGAACAAGCACAUGACCGUCUUCAUCAAGAUCGCCCGUGCCUCCCAGGACGCCCUCUGCGGCUUGUGCGGCAACUACAACGGGAACAUGAAGGACGACUUCCAGACACGCAGCAAGUACCUGGCGUCCAGCGAGCUGGAGUUCGUGAACUCCUGGAAAGAGAGCCCGCUGUGCGGGGACACCACCUUCACGCAGGACCCCUGCAGCCUCAACGCCUUCCGUCGCUCCUGGGCUGAGCGCAAGUGCAGCAUCAUCAACAGCCAGACCUUCGCCGCCUGCCAUGGCCAGGUGUACCGCCUGCCUUACUAUGAGGCCUGCGUGCGCGACACGUGUGGGUGUGACACCGGCGGGGACUGCGAGUGCCUGUGUGACGCUGUGGCCGCCUACGCCAAGGCCUGCGUGGACAAGGGCGUGUGCGUGGACUGGCGGUCCCCAGACUUCUGCCCCAUCUACUGCGACUUCUACAACACCCACACGCAGGCGGGCGGCGGCAAGCACCAGCACGCCCAGGAGGCCAGCUGUACGUGGCACUACCAGCCGUGCCUCUGCCCCGCGUUGCUGCAGAGCUUCCCGGGGCCCAACAUCGAAGGCUGCUACAACUGCUCCCAGAACGAGUACUUCGAUCACGACAAGGGGAUGUGCUUGCCGUGCAGUAAGCUCACAGCUCCCUACCCCACAACAACAGCGUGUGUGCCACACUCAGGCUCCCACAGCACGGAAACCAGGCCCACCACAGCCGCAGCCAGCACCACAGUGACCCCCAGCACCCCUGCGCUGAGCUCCACCAGACCCUCGCCAAGCUCCCCGGCCACACCUGAGGCCCCGACCCGGACACCCAGCCUUCCGGCCACGCCAACGGCCACAGCCACAGCCCCCACCACCCAGACACAACCAACAGUCCCCUCAGGAGGUUUACCUCAAACCACCUCCACCGUCACCACACGGGCCACGUCGGCGCCGACCACCACGGCCACUCGAAGGCCAACAGCCACGGCACCCACCGUGACCCAAGCCACAACACAGCCCGCAGGAUCCUCCCACGACACAGCCACGCGGUCCACAGCUCGGUCCACGGCGCGAACCACAGCAGCCCCACCAACCCCGGCAACAUCAGGGACCUCCACAGUGUCCCCCGCAAGUAAGCAUGCCACCACUGCCCGUCCCCACAGAGGGGCCUCAGCGGGGCAGCCCCAGCACCCAGCCCAAGCUAUGUGGGGCCGCGUGGAAGACAGCAGCCUUGGGCCACCCCCACGACCACACAGGACCGGCUCAGGCCCGAGGGAGGCAGCAGCCUGCCUGACUCAGCACGCUCCUCUUUGCACAUCUCCCCCGCCACGGUACCCAAGCGCCCAUCCACCACGGCCACCCCCACCAAGGGAAUCCACAGGCCCCAGGGGAUCCAGGGCUCCAAAAGGCCCCCAACCCAAGUGCAGGCCCCGACUCUGGGGCAGCGCCCCAAACCUCCGAUUCUCCCUAACACACACCGCCACGGCCACACCCCCCAUGCCACACACCCCCUUCACCACUCACUCCACCCCCACCCUCUCUGUCCCCACUACCACCCACACAACAGGUCCGCCCACGGGAACACCUUUCUGGACCGCCACCACCUACCCCACCCCAUCACACCCACAGACGCUUCCCCCCAACGUGUCAACAUCUGCCACCUCCUUGGUGGCUCCAACCUCUCACCGAGUCACAUCAAUGGACCCCGCCACUGACAAAGACCACAACAAGGACCUCCACACCCACAACCCCGCCACUGACAAAGACCACAACAGGGACCACCACACCCAGAACACCACCACUGACAAAGACAACAGAGACCACCACACCCACAGCCACACCACUGACAAAGACAACAGGGACCACCACACCCAGAACACCACCACUCACAAAGACCACAACAGAGACCACCACACCCACAGCCACAACACUGACAAAGACCACAACAGGGACCACCACACCCAGAACCUCGCCACUGACAAAGACCACAACAGGGACCUCCACACCCAGAACCCCGCCACUGACAAAGACCACAACAGGGACCACUACACCCACAACCCUGCCACUGACAAAGACCACAACAGAGACUGCCGCACCCACAGCCCGGCCACUGACCAAGACCACAACAGGGACUGCCGCACCCACCACCCUGCCACUGACAGAGACCACAACAGGGACCGCCACACCCAGAACUCCGCCACUGACAAAGAACACAAGAGGGACCACCACACCCACAGCACCACCACCCCCACACCCCCGCCACUGACAAAGAGAGGGACCACCACACCCACAGCCCCACCACUGACAAAGACCACAACAGGUACCACCCGAGCCCAGAACUCAGUCAGCACAUACCGUGGUCCUGUCUACAUCCCAGACCACACCCAGCAAGCCCACCUCCUCAGCUCUGUCCUCUCGGUCCACUACCUCAAAGUCCACCUCUCUCACGACCCGAGGCCCCACGCAGGGCCUCCUGUCUUCCACCCUGGGAGUGACAGCCAUCCCAAGUUCCCCAGCCACCAACCUCACCACCAGACAGCCAAGUACCACCGGGCUGCCGGCCAGCGGACCUGCAGCGUGAGGGAGUUUGAGGAAGAGGUCACUUACCAGGGGUGCACGGCCAAUGUGACGGUGACCCGCUGCGAGGGCGUAUGCGCCUCCUCGGCCAGCUUCAACACUGACACCAUGCAAGUGGACACCAAGUGUAGCUGCUGCCACCCCCUCGGCUCCCAUGAGAAGCAGCUCGUGCUGCCCUGCCCAGACCCCAGGGUGAGGGGACGGCGGCUGACGCUGACGCUACAGGUAUUCAGCAGCUGCACGUGCCGCUCCCAGCGCUGCGGAGACUAG